AAAAGGAAUAUCUCUCCUACUCAGGCUCUAAACUCUGGCAAUACAAGUACGAAAGCUUGGCCUACAGAAUGGAAACCAUAUCUAAAAGCCUGGACAAGAAUUAAAGGCAGGGUCCCCUCUACCUCCAACUGGCCAUGGAAUAGUAAUGAACUAAGAAUUGGAAAAAUCAAAGGAGACGAAUUUUUAGUCAAAAAAAUUUUAGAAUUUUUAAAAGAAUCUUCUCUUUCACUAGCUACUCUACAAACUUCUCCGCAGAGACAGGGAACUGUACCUG